ACGACAUUGACGUCACAUAAUGGUUGCCGGUUGUGAGACUGUAAUUUACGUUUGUGCGAGUGUUUUCAGGUAGCUGGAAGAACAACAUACAUUAAUUGAGGAAAUAAAUGCGGACCAAUAUAAACACUGCAGUCUGAGUAACACUUCGACUAACUUGCCGCCGUGAUGCAUUCACUGUCUCAGGAGAUCCAAGGUUUCUCCAAAAGCCGGCUGAGGAAACAGUGCACACACGUUACCACGGUAACGGGCAGGAAGACGCUGGAGAGGAGGACGGAUGGAGGACAGGUGGAGGAGCUGGAAGAGGGAAGCGGGUGUGGAUUCGUGCAAGACCUGAAUCUAGACCUUCAAGUUGGAGUUGUCCGACCAUUCUUGCUGCUGGCCUCUCAGGACGCGGCCCACGACAUGGACCUGUUGCAGAAGUAUAAGGUGUCACACGUUCUAAAUGUGGCGUACGGCGUGGACAACUUGUUCCCAGAUCAGUUGGUCUACAAGACGCUUCAGAUCCUGGACCUCCCAGACACAAACAUCACGUCUUAUCUCAGCGAGUGUAGCACUUUUAUCCAUCAAGCCCGGGAAAAGCGCGGCGUGGUGUUGGUCCAUUGCAACGCCGGCGUGUCUCGAUCCUGCGCCAUCGUCAUUGGUUACUUGAUGUUGAGGGAGGGGCUCCCGUUUGACGAAGCCUAUCGUCAGGUGAAGCUGGCGAGGCCUUCGUGCCGACCCAACCCGGGCUUCUACCAGCGACUGCAGAGCUACACGCCCGAGGAGCAAGUCCCACCCUGAAGAUCAAUCAGUGAAUUAACUCAUAUUAUGUUUUUCAUAUGAAUGUUCAUAUUCAUCUUGGAGAAAGCAAACCAAGUUUAAUUAAAUAGUGGUAUUUCAGUUUGAUAUUGGCAGGUGGAUUGGAUGACUUCUCGCAGGAAAAAGCCUCUAAUUGGGACUUUGGAAUGCAAAAGUGAUAGCCUUAUCCUAGAGAAGAGACUACAUGUUCAGCUCAAUGCCAACAUUUAAGUUAUGGCGUAAAGCUUUAAGGUUUAAAUAGGGGUAUUUCAGUUUGAUAUUCGCAGGUGGAUUGGAUCACUUCUCGCAGGAAAGAGGCCCUAAUUGAGACUUUGGAAUGCAAAAGUGAUAGCCUUAUCCUAGAGAAGAGACUACAUGUUCAGCUCAAUGCCAACAUUUAAGCUAUGGCGUAAAGCUUUAAAGUUUAAAUAGUGGUUUUUCAGUUUGAUAUUCACAGGUGGAUUGGAUCACUUCUCACAGGCAAGAUUAUACAUGGGCUCUGGAAUGCAAAAGUGAUAGCCUUAUCCUAGAGAAGAGACUACAUGUUCAGCUCAAUGCCAACAUUUAUGUUAUGGCGUAAAGCUUUAAGGUUUAAAUAGUGGUAUUUCAGUUUGAUAUUCGCAGGUGGAUUGGAUGACUUCUCGCAGGAAAGAGGCCCUAAUUGGGACUUUGGAACGCAAAAGUGAUAGCCUUAUCCUAGAGAAGAGACUACAUGUUCAGCUCAAUGCCAACAUUUAUGUUAUGGCGUAAAGCUUUAAGGUUUAAAUAGUGGUAUUUCAGUUUGAUAUUCGCAGGUGGAUUGGAUGACUUCUCGCAGGAAAAAGCCUCUAAUUGGGACUUUGGAAUGCAAAAGUGAUAGCCUUAUCCUAGAGAAGAGACUACAUGUUCAGCUCAAUGCCAACAUUUAUGUUAUGGCGUAAAGCUUUAAGGUUUAAAUAGUGGUAUUUCAGUUUGAUAUUCGCAGGUGGAUUGGAUGACUUCUCGCAGGAAAGAGGCCCUAAUUGGGUCUACAGAAUGCAAAAGUGAUAGCCUUAUCCCUGAGAAGAGACUACAUGCCAACAUUUAAGUUAUGGCGUAAAGCUUUAAAGUUUAAAUAGUGGUAUUUCAGUUUGAUAUUCGCAGGUGGAUUGGAUGACUUCUCGCAGGAAAGAGGCCCUAAUUGGGACUUUGGAAUGCAAAAGUGAUAGCCUUAUCCUAGAGAAGAGACUACAUGUUCAGCUCAAUGCCAACAUUUAAGUUAUGGCGUAAAGCUUUAAGGUUUAAAUAGUGGUAUUUCAGUUUGAUUUUCGCAGGUGGAUUGGAUCACUUCUCGCAGGAAAAAGCCUCUAAUUGGGACUUUGGAAUGCAAAAGUGAUAGCCUUAUCCUAGAGAAGAGACUACAUGAUCAGCUCAAUGCCAACAUUUAAGUUAUGGCGUAAAGCUUUAAAGUUUAAAUAGUGGUAUUCCAGUUUGAUAUUCGCAGGUGGAUUGGAUGACUUCUCGCAGGAAAGAGGCCCUAAUUGGGACUUUGGAAUGCAAAAGUGAUAGCCUUAUCCUAGAGAAGAGACUAAAUGUUCUAAUCCGUGUUAUAUGUGUUUUAUGUUGCACCAUUGCGCCAAGUAAAAUUCCUAGUUUGUGAACCCCGUUCUCAAACAAUGGCAAUAAAAACUCUUCUGAAACUCAACACAAGAGCAUCUCCUUUUAUGGUCGGGAUGUGCUCCCCUGACUUGGCACACACACACACACACACACACACACACACACACACACACACACACACACACACACACACACACACACACACACACACACACACACACACACACACACACACACACACACACACACACACACACACACACACACACACACACACACACACACACACACACACAGAGA